GGUUUGCGUCCAAAAAUUCCACCUGAUAUUCCAGAGUUAGUUACUCAGUCAAUUAUGCGUUGCUGGGAUGCUCAGCCAGAUGAAAGACCGACCUCUGAAGAAUUGCAUGCCAUUCUUUAUGAAUGGCAAACUGAUCUCAGAAAAGAUAAAUCAUAUGA